AUGACGUCGUCGUUGACAUUGUGGAUCAUCGUGCCCUUACUGACGUCCCAGGUGAGAGGUCAGCGCCAGGUGGUCGACUUGACCCAUGCCUGCAGUAUUGACACCCUCUAUUGGCCAGGCGUCCCCAGAUUCAACUUUACCAUCCUGGAGCGACGCGAGGUGGAUAACCAUUGGUUGGAGAGCAACUGGUUCAGCACAUCCGAACAUGGCGGGACCCACUUGGACGCUCCUUCACAUUUCUAUCAGGGUCAUCCCCGAGUCCAUCAAAUUCCCCCCGAGCGUUUGGUUGGGCCCGGGGUGGUAAUCAACGUCACAAGCAAAGCCGCAGCCAACCCCGACUACCAAGUCCAACUGAGCGACAUCACCGCCUGGGAACUGGCUCAUGGUCGGAUCCCUCGAGGAUCAGUUGUUAUGAUGAACUCUAACUGGGGCCGUCGAUAUCCCAACCGGUCCCUGGUCUUCAAUACUAACACCACCGAGGACCCUUCAACAUUCCGCUACCCUGGCUGGCACGUGGACACGGUCAACUGGCUAGCCACCAACAGACAUGUCAUUGUCAUCGGGGUGGACACGCCGUCAACGGACUUUGGACGAACACCAAAUUUUGCAGUCCAUCAAACGCUUGGUCGGUAUAAUGUUUCAGGAUUGGAAAACAUUGCAAACCUGGACCAACUGCCACCCCGUGGUAUGACCGUGUUUGUCGGGGUGGCCAAAAUAUUGGACGGCAGCGGCGGUCCUGCCCGAGUGUUUGCCUUGAUGGAUGAACAGAAGACGCCAUGUUCUUGUCCCAGAACAGAACAGCCACAGACCAGACAAGAAAGGAGACCUCGGCCUAUACGGUCAGGAACUUCAAAGAACCUGGCGUUUACGCACAUUUGGAUUGUAGGUCUCCUCGUGAUGUAUUUUGUCCAAUUGUGAUUCUUUUAUUAGUUUCUGAUGAACACCCCUGAAAUAUUCAGACUGAACCUUCUUAGUUUCCAAAUCCCUGCACCUGUAACAACACCUACCCCACCCCAACCCCGACUCCACUCACACACACACACACACACACAC